UAAAAAUGAGCAUCACUGACGUUCUUAGUGCUGCUGAUAUAGCUGCUGCCCUGGAGGAGUGCCAAGACCCAGAUUCUUUCAACCAUAAAAAAUUCUUUGAGACUUCUGGCCUGUCAAAGAUGUCUGCUAGUCAAGUCAAGGACAUUUUUCGCUUCAUAGACAAUGAUCAGAGUGGAUAUCUGGAUGAAGAAGAGCUCAAGUUUUUCCUCCAGAAAUUUGAAAGUGGAGCUAGAGUCCUGACCAGUUCAGAAACCAAAUCCCUCUUGGAGGCAGCUGAUAAUGAUGGAGAUGGCAAAAUCGGGGCUGAUGAGGCGGGCAGAAGAGGGAAAUCAGAAACUGCAAAAGAAGGGCGGAAAAAGGGCAGCGGCGGCUUCACAGAUAGAUCGGGCGACCCGGCAAGUGUUUCCGGGACAUCCCAGACUUUUUCCGGAGCUGCUCCCCGAGUAAAGCGGAAGUGUCCCGGCCGGAGGCGCCUGGCUUGA